AUGGACGGAGGAUAUGCACUUAUUUAUCCUAAUAAUACGGGUUCAGCAACCAUUUCAACAACUCCUCUUACUCCACAGUUUGGAAUUUACUGCAUGUUAUUAAGAUACGGAAAAGAAAUCACACAAGGGCCAAUCGUACUUUAUCAAACUUUGACUCCAAUAAAUGUUCUUUUACUUGAUUGUGAUUUUACUUAUGUAGGAGUUGGACAAACUUGUAUGAUAAUUGCAAGCUCUACAUUAACUGAUAAAACAUUUAUUAAAAUUGAUUUCCUUUCAUCUGGAACUGUAUAUAAUAUUACUACUUUUCAGAGUUCAGAAAUUACCACAGAUUAUAGUAUUCAAUCAUUAAGAUAUGGAGGUUAUUUCUCAUAUUAUGGAGUACAAAAUAUUAAGAAAAACUUUGAAAUUAAUGGUUAUAUUAUGGAUUACUACGGUAACCUCUUUAAUUGGGGCCUUACAUAUCCCACGUUGGCAAAUCCUAUAGCUGAUAUUUUAGUUUUACCAAAUAACACACUUGUAAUUCCUCAACCAGAGGGAGAAAAAAGUUGGUCUUUGAUCACUUCUGAUUUGUAUAAAAUUGAGGGGGUACGAGACCAUGGUUAUGAUAAUUUACAUAUCGAUACCACAAUUCCUAAAAUUGGUGACGUUAUAAACCCGUCUGAAACUAAAUUUCUCAUAAUUAAAUAUUAUAAUAAAGUUGAUUUAUCACCAAAUCGUAAUGUUACAAUUUUACAAGAUGAUGGUACUAGUCAUGGUAUUAUACGUCAAAUGACGUCUAUGACUUCUACUGGCAACGAUGGAUACGAUAAAUUUGUGAAUCUUAUUGAUGAUGAAUUUGGUUCUAUUAUUAACAUUACAAUAAUUGAUAGUACGUUCAAUAAGCCUGGUGGAAAAUAUUAUGUUUUAAUUGAUGAUGGUUUUGCAAGUAGUAGAGGUUAUCAUGAACCUAUUAUUGGUAUACAGAGUAGCGCUUGGAACUUUACAACUAUUCAAGAAGAUGAUCAUGAAUCAACUAGCAUAAAAGAAAUAUAUCAAAAAAAGGUAAACUCUGCUGGUAUUAGCGGAAAAGUUCGAUUGACUUCAGAAGGAACAAAUUAUUUUAAAAGUAUUAAAGAUGACAAACUUAAAUAUAAAGAAUUUUUUGAUAAUUUAACACGAGAAUUGGCUAAAGCAAUUCCUGUUAGUACAGAACGAGUAACUACAAGUGAAAAAUAUGAAAUUGAUACUUCAGUUUCUUCAGAACAAUAUAUUUUAUCUAUUAAUAUUGAAAAAGCAAAGAAUAAAGAUGAAAUAUCAGUUAAUUUAGCAGCUAUUGAUUUAGAUACUUUAAUAAAGAAUAAAUUCAUCACUCUUAUUGGAUCUGGAGUAUAUUCAAAUUAUUUGGAUCAUAAAUAUGGAUAUGUAACCAAACCCAGGUGGAUAGAAGAAAAUUUGAAAAAACUUAUUAUAACAGUCUUACUUAAUAUCGGACUCUUAUCAUUUUCUGCAAAGGAAAAAAAUUAUGCAAUUUAUACGUGUGGUAAUUCUAUUGAAAAAUUCGUGACGACAAUUUUUUUUACUAGUAUAGAUGCAGGACAUAUUGAAAAAAUUUUUAAUAUAAGUAUUUUCCUUGUGACAUUUCCGUUUGUCGUAAAUUUGGGGGUUGCGUUUAUAAUUAUAAUCAAUGAAUUUAUGAGAACCGACCUCACAGAUUUAUUAAUAAAAAUUGAUGAACUUAUUGAUAAACUAUUAAAUGAAGAAGUAUCCGACGAUUCUGAUUCUACAAAAGAAUUAAUAGUUGAUAAUGACAAUGUAACAAAAUCAGAUGAAGUGAGUAAAGAAUUGAAAAAAGUUAUAAGAGAGCUAAUAAUAAAUGAAGAUUUAGAAAAACUUAAUAAACUCAUGGAAGAAAUAAAAAUAGUUGACGAAAUUAUCGUAAAAGAAAAAAAUGAUAAUACAGAAAAUGAAACAAUAAAUAAUACAGAAGUAAAAAAUAUUAAAGAAAAAUUAAAAGUAAUUAAUAAACUUAUAAGUAAAAUAAUGCAAUUUGAGGAUUUUGCAGAAGAAUUAAAAGAAGUUGAAAACCUCUCAGAAAACUUGGUCAGAAAAGUGAACAGUUUUACAGUUAAAUCAGAAGAAAUCGAACAACUUGCAGAAGAAUUAAAUAAAAUUAGGGUGCUUACAAAAAAAUUAAAAGAAGUUAAGAAAUUUGCAGAAGAAGUAAGCAUAUUUGUAGAUAAAAGGAAAUUAGAAGACAUUCUUAUAAAAGGAGAAUUAAAAAACAUUAAAAAUUUCGCCGAUAAAUUAAAUAGUCGUGUAAAAGACGAAAAAGACGACGAUGCAGAAGAUGAUAUAGAGGAAGUAGAAAAUGAGGAUAGAAAUAAUAAUGAAAACGAGGAAAAAAUUAAGAAAUGGAGUUUAUUAAAUAUAAUAAAUGGAAUAAAGGAAAAAAGGAGUCACUCAAUAAAGCAAAAAAAGGGAUAUCAAAAAUUUUCAAAAUGGUUAAAAGAUAGUAAAGAACAUCGAAAAGUAACAGCACUAUUCGUUUUAUUAGCAGGGGUUAACAUUACAUAUUUAAGAUUACUUGGUUCAAAGAUGACAAUUCCAUGGUUUAACAUUUAUUUGAAUGCUAAAUUAUCUCAUGCGGCAAAACGUAAAAUGAUAUGGGGAGUAUUCAUUAGCGCUAUUAUUGGAGAUAUUUCUUUAAUCAUUCUUCAAGCCUAUAAGAUGAGAUGA